AUGACUAACAAACUGAAUAAGUUUCAAAAUACACCAUUCACUAAGGAGGGAAAGGCGACGGUGGGGUGGCAAUCUAAAGCUCAACCUGAAAGAAAAGCUAGGAAUUCAGAAUUUAUACAAGAGCUUGCUGAGACUGGAAGAGCAGAUUGGAAGAAGGCACCGAAAGAAAUUAAAACUAGAUAUAGGGGGAUUUUUUUGGUUCUUUUGUCUAUUCCUCUUAUAUUGAUGCCUUCUUAUGAGUUAUACAGAAGAUUAGAAGGCAAAUCAACCAAAAAAGUGCAAGAAGGAGAGAUAUUAGAAGGUAAAGAGGUACGAAAGUUUGGUGAAACUGAGAAGUGGGAAACGGAACGGAAAAGUUUAAUGUACAAGUUGUUUGGAAGAGACUUCUUUUUGGACGGGUUUACUAGCAAAACCAUGGCGCCAAGUGAGUCGAAGGAGGUCAAAAAAGAGGGCGAUAAAUGA